GCUCAGUAUCAAAUAUUUCACUCAAUCAGAACCUGCUUCAGUCCAAAGCGGAAGUAACAUCCCUGUCUGUAUAACUUCACUGUUAUUGUUUGCUGAUGGGAAGAAGGGCAUCGCGUGGACCAUUCUACCGGUAGGUUUAACCUGCCAAAAUGAAAGGAGUCUGAAACCACGUCACGACAUCUCCGGAUACGACCAGCCGUUCAGACCUUCAAAGGGCGACUCCAUGCUUUCUGAUGAACUUGAUUCCAAGCCUGAGCUGUUGGUUGAGUUCGUGCAGAACGCCUCCAUUCCACUUGGUCAGGGUCUGGAGGAGCCGGAUCCGAAGAACACCUGUCUGUCUCUCCAGCCGCUGCCAGCAGAUAACUCCAUAUGCAGCCAGCUUCAGCUGACAGAGAGUGCGCUCCGUCACACUGGCUCCACAGAGCUUCCUGAGUUUGGGGCAGAGCGGAGCACCACCAUGGUGGUGCAGCUGCAGCCGCGAGUGCCCAGCCCAGCCCCUACCCCCCUCAGCCAUGACCAUGCCCCCAGUCACAUGCCCAUCAUGCACGACCUGCAGCAGCAGGACAGCACCUCCUACGUCCUGCUAAACCUGGCCAAGGGUCUAGCGGCGUCGGCUGAGUCGCUGGUGUUUGUGCAGGAUGAGGUGGAUGAAGCGGAGGAGGAGAUUUCAGCGGGGGAGGGGGCCGAUGGAAGUGCCCCCUGGUACUUGCGGGUACAGGAGCUGGCACACGACAGCCUGAUCGCUGCCACGCGGGCACAGCUGGCCAAAGAUGCCAAAGACGCCAGGGCCAACAGCAACAGUGAACAUCUCAAUGGCUACCAGUCUGAGGGUCCAAAGAAAGAGCAGGUGUCUCGUGGUAACCGUGGUAAUGCGGAGAAGGUACUCAGGUGUCCGUAUGAGAACUGCCACCGGACUUUUACCUGGCCUGCACACCUCAAGUACCACCUGAAAACACACAGAAAUGACCGGACAUUCCGGUGCGGUGCAGAGGGCUGUGGGAAGAGCUUCUAUGUGCUACAGCGCCUGCAGGUGCACAUGCGCACACACAACGGAGAGAAGCCCUUCACCUGCCCAGAGCGCGGCUGCGGUAAACGCUUCACCACCGCCGGCAACCUCAAGAACCACCGACGCACGCACACAGGAGAGAAGCCAUUUCUGUGUGAAGUGGACAACUGUGGACGCUCAUUUGCAGAGUACUCCAGUCUGCGCAAGCACAUGCUGGUGCACUCAGGUGAGAAGCCUCACCAGUGCAGUGUGUGUGGUAAGACCUUCUCCCAGAGCGGCAGCAGGAACGUCCACAUGAGGAAACGCCACGGUGAGGAGUCCCUCGGCUCAGAAGGUGCAGACGCAGGACUGGUAGACUGUUCCAGAGUGUAGGAGCAUUGGCAGAGAGAGCCCUGUCCUCAAAAGUCCGCAACCUGGUGCGGGGGGUGGCCAACAGGUCCUUGUCAGAGGACCGCAGGGAACGUGACUGAGUGUAGAGGUGGAGGUAUUGUGGUGAGAGUCCAUGGAGAGAUUUGUAGGUGAGCCGGAGGAUCUUGUAUGUGAUGCUUGACUUGACUGGCAACCAGUGGAGCCGACACGUAGGUAGGCCAGGAUGGGAGAAGAGACUGGGCUAAAAUCCACACUACGGGUAGGGGCUACACAGUUAUAUUCCCAGCAGUACACUACGGGUAGGGGCUACACAAAGUUAUAUUCCCAGCAGUACACUACGGGUAGGGGCUACACAAAGUUAUAUUCCCAGCAGUACACUACGGGUAGGGGCUACACAAAGUUAUAUUCCCAGCAGCAUGUUGAUGUAUGUGGUGAUGACGACAGGCAGCAACAGGAGCAGUUGUUGUCUACAUGAAGCAUCUCUUUGGUUCUAACCCAAUUACUGUCUCUCUCUGUCUCGUUCUUUCCCUGCCUCUCUCCUUAUUUUGUGU